AUAUUCUUUCAGUCACCUGGAAGAGAGAACUCAGUGGGACCAUCCUAAAUCUGGGAAACGAAAACGAGUUGCUGGAGAUUUGCCGUAUGGCUGGGAGCAGGAGACGGAUGCAAAUGGACAAGUUUACUUUGUUGACCAUAUAAACAAAAGGACAACCUACCUGGACCCAAGACUAGCAUUCACUGUGGAAGACAGUCCAGCGAAACCCAGCGCAAAGCAAAAAUACGACGGAAGUACAACUGCGAUGGAGAUACUUCAGGGUCGGGACAUGAGUGGAAAAACGGUCAUAAUCACUGGAGCGAAUUCAGGAAUAGGCUUUGAAACAGCAAAGUCUCUUGCACUCCAUGGUGCACAUAUCAUCCUUGCCUGCAGAAACAUGGUGAGAGCUAAUGAGGCUGUGCAGCGCAUCUUGGAAGAAUGGCACAAAGCGAAGGCAGAAGCAAUGACCUUAGAUCUUGCAUCCCUUCAGAGCAUACGGGAUUUUGCUGAUGCUUUCAUAUCCAAGAAUCUGCCUCUCCAUGUGCUGAUCUGCAAUGCUGCCGUUUUCGGUCUUCCUUGGCAACUGACGGAAGAUGGCCUGGAGUCCACCUUCCAGGUGAAUCACCUGGGGCAUUUCUAUCUCAUCCAGCUUCUCAAAGAUGUCCUUUGUCGUUCUGCUCCUGCGAGGGUGGUGAUGGUUUCCUCUGAAUCACACAGAUUCACAGAAAUUAACGACAGCUCAGGAAAACUGGACUUCAACAUGCUUUCUCCCCCCAAGAAAGAGUAUUGGGCAAUGCUGGCCUAUAACCGGUCCAAGCUUUGCAAUAUUCUUGUGUCCAAUGAGCUGAACCGCCGCCUUUCUCCCUGUGGGGUGAUAUCCAAUGCUGUGCAUCCUGGAAACAUGAUGUACUCCUCCCUUCAUCGCAACUGGUGGGUCUAUACCUUGCUGUUUACGUUGGCCCGGCCUUUCACCAAGUCAAUGCAACAAGGAGCGGCUACGACCGUCUACUGUGCCACUGCCCCAGAACUUCAAGGCCUGGGCGGGAUGUACUUCAACAACUGCUGCCGUUGCCUGCCAUCGCUAGAGGCUCAGAACGACCUGACGGCAGCCGCCUUGUGGGAGCUGAGCGAGAAGCUGAUCCAAGAACGGGUUGGCAGGCAGGGCAAGUAGUGGGGAAGCCCCUUGGGCGGGGGGGCUUCAAGCACAUUGAGCCCCGUAGCCAAGCUUUGGCAAAGAGGUAGGGUGGGGAGUGUGUGUGUGUGUGUGAAAAGCAAAUGGCCAGUCUUGGAACCUUUCCCUUACAACUACAAAUUAGCUAGUGCUCAGUGAAAAGAUAGCUGUUGUGACAGAUGUGGCAGAGCCGAGGGAAACAAACAGGGAGCUGAGCAGGGUUAGCUGACAACGUUAAUGUGUCCAGAUUUAGUUCUGCCUCUGUAUUAUGCUCUGUUUUCAAUCCAGCAAAAAGGAAAGCAAUUCUAGUCAAAGGGUGAUCAAGAAAAAAGCAAAAAGCCCAAAGAGCUUUACCCCCAUCCUUUUUUAAGGUGUAUAUUUCCCCACUCGCUCCCCUCUAGAAAUGUAGUGCAUGAAAAAAACGAAGUAUGGGUUCACCAGAGGUAUCCUCAUCAGGGUAUUGUUGGCAUCCUAAGGCGUGUGGCAUUUGGUGGAAGCCCCAGGGUCUCUCCUUUAUCCUAAGCAGCCCCAGAAAAAUCUGUAACAAUUCUGGAAAAUAGCCACUUCCACAUUGGGAAUUACAUUUUCUUGGUUAUUAUCGUAACUCAUAAGGCCCAGCAAACUCAACCCUACUUUCUGUUCCCUUCUUUGAGGAGUGGGUCCCCGUGCCAUCUUGGCGGCUCUCUGUCCACACGGAGUGGCGGAGAUGGGUGGGGGGGAGAUGACAAAAACUCCAAGUCCUAAAUGAUGACAAUUUGCUCUGUGGGCAAAUUAAAAACCACCUUACCUUUAAAAAAAAAAAAGAAGGCUGUUCAAAAGUCCAGGUUACUUCCCUUUCAAUUAAAUAUAUUGCAGAAUAUCCAUUAAAAUAUGAUAUUAAAAGGUACAUUUGCAAACCAUUCUCUAUAUACUGGGAUAAAGAUGUGUCCUUACAAACACACUGGGUAUCAGCAGUCAGAGGGGCUGAGAGUUUUUGUCCAUCCGUGUCUAGGGCGAGAGUUUUAUGGAGCAUCCCAGCGUCCCCAACUUAUUGAUCUAUUCAGUUCAUUUCCUUCUUUCCUUCCUUUCUUCUUCUUUUUUUUUUCUCAGUUUAAAUGCAAUAAAAAGAACAUGCUUGAAUAUUGUCACCUGAAGAGCAAGUCUGGUUUCUGCGACUCUCGAGUUCCUUUUUGUGUGGUUUUUUUUUUGUUAGUUCUUUUAGGAAAAGGAAAUGUGAGGAAAAAUAAAGAAACUCUUCAAUGCCAUUAAACGAUUUCUUUUCUUGUUUCUUUCCAAGUUCAUUUGUCUGUG